ACAGUAAAAAAUCAGCAUGUAACAGAGAAACAUCAUCUCAUGAAAGCAAGCAUGUGAAGAAAUAAUAAUAAUCCGUACAUAAUAAUGGAAGAUUACUUAUUACUUAAUGUAUGCUACUCUAAGUAGUCAAAAUUGUUAAACUUUUUAGUUUUAGUUUAUGAUCUGAUCUGAUCUUUAUUACUUAAUGUAUGCUACACUAAAUUUUAAAUAUAUAUGACAAAUUAUAAACCCACCUCAGAAAUAACUAAACAUAGACAAUGGAUUCAAUACUUUAUUCAUUGAUGUGUUAAUUUGAAAUUAUAAUAAAAGAAUUGUAAGUGUAAAUGGAUAGUAGCACAUUAUUUUGACGAACACAGAAGCAUAAUGAUUUUUCCAUUUUUCCAUGUUUUAGAUUUUUCAACCAUUCUCUAAAGUUAUACUCACAAAUAUAUUUUAACCAAAAAAAAAACUCACAAAUAUAUUUAAAUAUACAUACGAAGAGCAUUUACCUUUUGAUAAUUCUUCUGCUUCUACCACGUAGGCAUUUGUGUUGACUUCUAUCUUUCUCAUCUUCCUUUCUCUUUCUUCUCGUUUUAAAAAUCUUUGUUUGUCGAAUCUCAAGCAGUUCUCCACCAUGUCCACCCUUUUCAGACUUCCAUAGCCCUAAACGGUUCCAAUGAAACAAUGUCCAGCUCCGCCAAAGCCAACGAAAGUGUACAAAGUAUGAGAUUAGAUAUGUAUGAGUUGUUGGAUCCUUACUCAGAAAUUGAUCUCAGCACUGGUUUUGGAUUAUUUAAUAUAAAAUUAUGAUGAUGAUUUUGUAAUCAAAGAAGAAGAAUAGUAACUUAGAUAUUUUGUUUUUGAUCUAUUGGUGGUUUAUCUAAUAUUUUAAUCCAGGAAUAUGAGAGAUAUCUAUACUAUUAUUUAUGAAGUGAUUUGGCUUAUGUGUCAACCUCUCCUUAACAUUAGAUUUUCCUGCUUAUUUUUUAAUAUUUUUAUAAUUUUAUUUGCUUAUUUGCUUAUUUGAUUAUUUUGAUUAAUAUUUAUAGAUCUGUCAUAUUUAUAACGUAAAAUCUACAUUGAAUAAUGUUUAUUUUUUUGCUUUACCGUACAUAACACCAAGAAUUGUUUAAGAUAAAUAUACAUUGAAUAAUGUUCUAGAUAAUAACGACAAUGAAAACCAUAAUUCAUUACGUUGAGGACAAUAUCUAAUAAUCGAAACCUGUUUGACCAAAAUCAUACUAUACCAAUAAUUAUUUAAUAUAAAUAUAUACAUAUACAUAUACAACAAUGAAAACCAUAGUACAUUACGAUAAGGAUAAUAUCAAUACAACACUGACUCUAUAAUUUACCGACUAUAGCUAUAUAUAUAUAUAUAUAUCAUUCGACUUUCUUUCGUUUACAUCACCCUCAAAUCAAAAGUUAUAAACAGAUCUUAAAACUUCUCAGCAGCAAUAAUAACUUGCCAACAAUGUCUUUUUUGAGAAAAAAACCCGCUUCUCUUGUUUUUAUUGGAGAUAUUGAUCCGGCUAAAGAUUGUUACAAGAUUAAAGUCAAAGUGAUAAAACUUUGGAAUACAUGGAAAAAUUCAAAAAUCGUUUCGAUUGAAUUAGUGUUGGCUGAUAUCAAUGGAACGAGGAUUCAUGCUUCUAUUGAUGAACGUUCUCUUGGUAAUUUUCGAUCUAAGUUAUCUCAAGGAGAUUAUUUUAUUCUGAGUAAUUUCACCAUUGGUGACUAUACCACAGAAUAUAGAACGAAUCCUCUUCCUUUUAAGAUUAACUUCUAUAGAACAACCAAAAUUACUCCUUGCGAUGAUUUUCCAAAAGAGUUACCAAAUAAUUACUUCAAAGAUUUUAAGGAAAUAUUGGAAUGCCAAUAUGAAAAAGAAGUCUUAAUCGAUGUUAUUGGUGAAGUUGUGAAUGUUGGACCUUUAGAAAAUCUAAUGGCAAAAGGGAAAUCAUCAACUAAGCUAGAAUUAACAAUUCGUGACAUAAAUGAUACGCGUUUAACAUGUACGCUGUGGUCUGGGUAUGCAAAACAAGUAUCAGAUUUCUUUAAAUCUAAUGAAGCAGCAUGUAUUGUAUGUGUUGCUCGAUUUGUUUGUGUGCGAGAAUUCAGAGGAGUUGUGACUGUUUCUAAUGUAUUCAAUGCCACUGAAAUUCUUUUUGAUCCACAACUACCAGAAGUGCUUGAUUUCAAAUCUAAGUUGCCUAAUGAUGAUUUGAUUAUUACUAGAGAAGCUUUUGAUCCUAAAUCUACGCCUCUAAAAGUAGAUUUAUAUGAUGAAUUUUUCAUUAAGAAUCCUAUAAAAUCUAUCCGUGCAUUGAAUGCAUCGAAUGAGGUGGGAAAAUGUGUUACCCUUUGCAAGAUUGUUUCCAUUGAAACCACUCCAAAGUGGUAUUUUGUUGCGUGUGGUACCUGUCGGACGACAGUUCAUCCAUGUGAAGAUGAUCUUGAUGAUGAUAGUCCACCUUUGUUUCAUUGUAGCGGAUGCAAUGGAAACGUCUCUAACGUUGUGGCUAGGUUUAAACUUGUCCUUUGUGUUACUGAUCAUACGGGAGAAGCCGCUAGGUUUAUUCUUUUCGAUAAUGUUGUUGUUCCCUUUCUCCAUAAUACUGCUAUGGAUCUUGCCGAAGAAGUUGCUGAGGAAAACGCAUCUGUUCUACCUUUAUCAUUAGUCAGACUUAUUGGUAAAACAUAUAUUUACAAGAUUAAUGUAUCAGCUGAUAAUUUGAGGAGUCGUAAAACGACUUUUAAAGUUGAUAUAAUUUCUGAUGAUGAAGAUUUGAUUAGUAAGUGGGUCAGUGAAGGUUAUACUGGUCAGGGUGGUUUGUUUAUGGAUUGCCAACGUAGUUUGGAAGAUUCAGCUGAAGCUUCCCAAUCUGAUGGAUUAAAGCGUAACGGUGAUGCUUUCGAUCGUGGAAAUUUGGUUGUGGGGAAAGAUGGAAAUCCUAAAAAGUUGAAGAAGAAUACAGAAUAAUUUUUAAGAUUUGGAUUUGUUUCUUUAAAUUUAGAGGUUUUUACGUUUUGGAUAAUUUAUAUUUAUAGUGUUUGUUAUGGAUUUUUUUAUUCUGUGUUGGUUUUUACAAUAAAGUUUGAAGUUAUUCCUCUUUAAUUGUUGUUAUUUAAUCAUUCAAUAAAUCUUAUAUACUAAAUCUUACUUAUUUUUAUUCCUUCAAGUACUGACUAAAAUACCGAUACAUUCAUUAUUCAAGAAAUCACUCCAAAUUUACAAGUUAAAUUUCUACUUAACACCAAAUAUACAUCAAUAAAUAUGAUAUAGUUAAUUAGUAGAAACCCUAUUCUACGAAUACUCCAUGGCCAUGUUAGGAUCAGAAAACGAAAACCUUUUGCAUUAUUUUAUAUAAAUAGUUUUAUUAAGAGCCACUCAAAAAUCAAAAAAAAUAAAUAAUUAAAUAAUAA